CUUCAUGCUUGAGGUGAGACUAACACAACAAAAACUUGAAAUGGAAGACCGCGAAUCCACGUGUGAAGCGACAACUUCGGUUUCAAAGGGAUGUUUUGUGUUCAAGUCAAAGAAGAGACGAAAGCCUCUUUAUCCAGGUGAUUAUUUCAUACCAGAAAGUAAAUCAGAAACCAGUCAGGAUUGUAAGCUGAGAUACGAGACCGGGGAUACCCAAUGGGAGCUCAUCAAUGAUGAUAUUGAGUCUUUGCAGGCCGAUGUCAACAAGACGCUGUUUGAUGAUCUUCUUAACUUCAUCAAGAAUGCUCAGGCUGGAUUCAGGCUAGACCAGGAUCUGGAUACAAGUAGGACUAGAUCUAGACUGAAAGAGAUCCCAACAGCUGCAUUUGUGACAGGUGUGAAUGUGACGGACCAUCAUGACGUCUUUACCAAGUUAGCCUCGGUGUUCCAGGAGAGGGUGAGCCCUCAUGUGGUCUGUCUCAUGUCCAGAGACUGUACAACGUUGAAAGGACUGAUGGGGUCGGUGGUGUCACAGCUCAUGGGUAUUGAGUACAUGGCUUCUGAAGAUGAAGACACAAUGCCAGAAGUGAACAUGAAGAAGGUGCCUUGUACUUUCCCUGUUCUACAAGCUUGGUAUAAGGAUAACGUACAGAAGAGGAAAUUGCCCGGCAGCACAGCAACGUUUAAAUCGCCCCGUCGAUCAAGGAAGCGCAGAUCAAUGAGUGGGCCAGUCUCUUACCCAGAGUGUCCUCCUAUCAUCAUCGUCCUGGAAGACUUUGAAGGUUUCAAGGCCGUGGUCAUCCAGGACUUCAUCCACAUCUGCAGUCAGUAUUUGGAGAAGCUCCCUCUGGUGUUGACCUUUGGAAUAGCUACAUCAGUGACAGUGAUCCAUCGUCUAUUACCUCAGUCUGUUUCAUCAUGUCUCAGUAUUGAGAAGUUCCAAGCUCAGCCUUCUUCUAUCUACCUCUCAAAAGUUAUUGAUAAGGUGUUGUUGACAGCCAAGCAUCCGCUCAAGCUGGGGUCAAAGGUCUUCCAGCUAUUACUAGAUCUCUUUCUCUACCAUGAUUUCUCUGUCAUGAACUUUGUACAAGGGUUACAGGUCAGUAUACUGAAAGGUCACAUUAAGGUCAUGAACUUUGUACAAGGGUUACAGGUCAGUAUACUGAAAGGUCACAUUAAGGUCAUGAACUUUGUACAAGGGUUACAGGUCAGUAUACUGAAAGGUCACAUUAAGGUCAUGAACUUUGUACAACGGUUACAGGUCAGUAUACUGAAAGGUCACAUUAAGGUCAUGAACUUUGUACAAGGGUUACAGGUCCGUAUACUGAAAGGUCACAUUAAGGUCAUGAACUUUGUACAAGGGUUACAGGUCAGUAUACUGAAAGGUCACAUUAAGGUCAUGAACUUUGUACAAGGGUUACAGUAUGCAGUGUUAGAUCACUACUUCUCCCAGCCACUCAGCAUCUUAUGCUGUCGCUAUGGAGAUGCAAUCAACAGAACUCGUAACCUGUCACAUGACCAGCUAGAGCUCUUCAGACAAGCUUCUUCAUUCAGGAGAUAUGUUGAUGGUCGGCCUGCUAGUGAUCAGAGAGCUCUUCUCCUAGAUGAUAAACACAUGAAGAAAACCCUUCAAGAGCUUCUGAAACAGAUGAAUGAGUACCAUAAAGCCUUCUUUCCUGUCUUGGAAUGUCUUCACAUCCUAUCCGAGGGACUGCCUUAUCAUCCUCUAGGCAAGCAGAUGAGAGAGCUGUUUGCCAUGGCAACAGAGGGAGAUAUAUUUGCAACGGAAGCAUAUCAAGAGGCCUUCAAGUUCAUGAAAAUGCUAGCUCGAGAUGAAUUGAUUAAAAAGAUGACGAUGUGUGAAGAAAGCCUCUCACGGUGCGAGGGAUUACAAGAGGCAAGGUUUCAGCUGGAGACUCUACAAGCAAAGAUGGAAACCCUUGGAGAUACCUGCAACCAGCCUGUUGAGAUAGACAGCACGGAGGAUGAUGAAGAGGAGGUUGACACAGAGGGCAGCAAACAGAACGAACAUGACACAGAAGAAACUAACCUGAGAGGGAGACGAGAGAAGACGACGCUUCAUUCCCUACAGCAGAUGUUGAUGAGUAAUGCUAAGAAGAAGAGGAGGAUGACCCCAUAUGAAAUACUCCGCAAUGAAAUACUAGACUUCUUUGAUGCAUUAUUCAGGGAGUAUCUACCAUGUCCAAAGAACCUACCUCUGCAUGAAGUCUUCUACUAUAAUAAUGUAUCCGAGAUCAGACAGCGUCUCAAUGCACCACCAAGGGCAGCAAUCCAAACCGCUCUUAGUAACCCUAACUACUACCUCCAGAAUCCUGAUUGUGAGACAUUAGAAGAAGGGAUCACCAGCUCACUUCCUGAUGUGUGUAUUGUAUACAAGCUUCAUCUUGAAUGUGGAAGGCUCAUUAAUAUCUAUGAUUGGCUCCAGGCAUUUAUGACUGUGAUCCAGGGAGAGAGUGAGACAGACAAUGCAGAUACAGCUAAGAAACCUGAUCCAGUAUUACAAGCACGUUUCAUCCGAGCUGUCUCUGAACUUCAGUUUCUAGGGUUCAUCAAACCUACUAGAAGGAAAACAGAUCAUGUUGCUAGGCUCACAUGGGGUGGUUGCUAAGACAACGACUACUAUCAUCUCUCAGAGCAUGUUUCAUCCGAGCUGUCUCUGAGCUUCAGUUUCUAGGGUUCAUCAAACCUACUAGAAGGAAGACAGAUCAGGAGUUAGCUUUUUUUAGGCUAUUCAGUCUGAUUUUUGUGUCAAGAGAUUGGCAUCUCUGGAUUAAUGUGACUGCAAAAAACUUAUAUUGGAAUCUUGGACAUUGAUGAAGUGGAAAGUGUUAUGUUAAAUUCAUUUGCACAUGAUCGAAUCACUCUCUUCAUUUAAAUGAUGGUACACACCAUUGUCAAAGCAUGUAAUUUGAUGUAAAUCAUAUCAGUCUUACUGUAAAAUUAUAUGAGUUUGCAAUGCUAUCCAUUGUGGGGCGCUAACGAGAUGGUGUAACCGUUUUUUUAAAUUAUCUUGUUCUAUUCAAUUCACAACAAUUGUGAUUCCGUUAUAGAAAUAAAUAAUGCAUAUAUAGAGCUGAACUUUUACAAUUGUAUUCUACAUUUAACAUUGAAAAUCUUGAGAUACUUACUGUUUAAAGUUUUCCAUAUUAAAUCAAUUAAGUAAAAUAAAUAGUAGAUAGAAAGGUACAGUAAAUUGAUUCAUGUCAGUUUGUUAUACUUUGACAUUAUCGUGGAAAAGAGUACAGGAUUUUAUAAAGUAGGCUGAAAAUAUGUUUAGUUAAACAAACAGUUCAUUCAAAAGAUGAAUUGUACAUGUAUAUGGUAAAGUAGCAAAACAUAUUGUAAUUAUUAUUUUAUUUUUGUUCAAAAGUUGAAUAAGUAUAAUUGAAAGCUUUAUAAAAAUCCUGUAUGAUCUUAUCAUCUGAAUAGGUAAAUGUGUCUGAUUGAAUAGAACUCAAAGAUUUGAACCUUUUGGAAACAUUGAAUCUAAUGGACUAUAUGUAUACUUCCACUUCUAUAAGGUCAAAGUAAUUUGUUCAUGAGAAAAAUGUAAUGCAGUCAUUAUGUAUCCUCCAUCAAUAGGGAAUUUCCUUUCACAGCAUAGAGAAUAUUUGUCAAUAUGUCUACCAUGAAAGUAAUAUAAUAUUGUUGAUGUCAAUGACAGAGUUUCAACUGUCCCCAUCCUUUAAUUAUGUAAAAAGUUUAUGGUGCCCUUAAUUUCCCUAUCCACCUAGAUAAUUCUAUGUAAAGGGAGUAAUAAUUUAAUUUUGUAAGUAUCGGUUUGUACAUGCAAAAAAAAGUAUACAUGAAAUAUAAUUUGUGAAAA